AGUGACAGUUUGGGUUUGAGUUUACGGUCUGGGCUUUGGUUUCCUUUUGGCACGCUCUUAUUUUGGUUUGACUUCCUGUUUUUCCCUGUCUGCCUCCGUUGUCUUAGUUACCCACACCUGUCCCUAAUUUGAGUGUCUAUUUAGUUCUGGUGUGUGCGUCUCCCUUGGUGGGAUUAUUGUCGUUUGUCCGUUUGCUACCUGAGUUGCUUUUCCUGCUGCUGCAAUUAUUGCAAGCAAUAAAUAUUAUUUACCUGCUAUUGGUCCUGCUCUCUGCAUCCUGGGGUCGAACUUUAAAGCUCUCGAGCCGAACCGUGACAGUUCUAACAUCACAAUCUCAGCAAGUUGUAAAUGAAAAUGAGAUGAUUUUUUAUUAUAGAAGAAAACAAAUCUGCUCCAUUUACUCUGUCUUUAACAGAAUGUAAUAAUGGACUAUCAAAUAGAGAAAAAAUAUGAACUUGAUGAUGUAUAAUGCAUAUUUCUUUAAUCUUUUUCAGUACUUCAAGUCAAUAUUUGAAACAAACAAAAACCAUGAAAAAAUACGCUAAACAUGUAUUAGUCUCCUUUGACAAAGAUAAAAUAUCUAUUUCAUCUUUGAACAGUAGUGACUUUACAAGAGGUGCCGGGGCCUCAAAGCGUGUGUCGAGUUAUUGAGUGGGCACUUCCCGGAAGCGUGGACCGAGGGGUGAUUCAUUGAGGGGAGGGGCCUGAAUCGAUGACGUCCGAAGCCUCGCUGCCCGGCUGUACCACGUGACGGAUUCCGGAAAACGUUUAGAAUUUGCCGCGAUGUUUUCCUAUCAGUCGGCGAUAUAAACCCCUCAGGCUUAAACAUUAAAAUGUGGGGUUUUGUGGUGAGAGUCAGUCUGUUGAGCGUGUGGAUAGUUUGUCGAUUCAUUGUCGACAUGUAUCAAAAAAGAGGAAUCGCCUGAAACCAAAAAUUGUUAAUAAAAAAAUAUUAUUGAAUAAAAAAAUAAUUAUAUCUUUCAUAUUCUAUCCAGGUUACACAAGCAUACAUCUUUUAGUUACACAAGCACUUUCCCUGAAACCAUGGCCGCCAGGUGACAUAAAACCAUGAUGAAGAUAGCCAUAUCACGAUACAUGGCAUUGAUGGACAAUAAAACAUUCAGUAUGUUAUAUAUACUGUAUAUUUAAUCUUACGCUUUUUAGGUUAAUUAAGAGGUUCUACAAUGUUUUGUAGUACAUGAUCAUAUCCUAGAGCCAAAACAGAUCAGCAUUUAAUGCAUCACACAUGAAGAUACAGCCGCAUGUAAUUCUAUCCAAGGCCAGCAGGUGGUUUCGUGUGCACAUGAAGCUUGAAGAAAUGAAUCAUUUGUCAAACCAGUUGAUUGAAAUGGUUCAAAGCCUCACGGGGUGACAUCUUGCCAUCAUUAUUGGACAUAGUCUGAGAAAUCUCCAUUUGAAUUAUAUAACCUCAGGGUACAUCAACAUCAAAACGAGCAUAUGAGCAUCUGGUAGAAAUUGUUGCAACACAUGGCUGAAAUGCAGAAAGAAUGACAUUUUCAUGACCUUAAGACACUUGAAUAAACAUUAACACAUGAAACUUCUAUACUUAGGACAGGUAAACUUCACCAACCAAAAAUCACUCAGAAAGCCGCCAACAACAUCCAUUCAUUUUCUCCUGCUUUGUCCUUACGGGUGCUGGAGCCUAUCCCAGCUGUCUACGGGCGAGCGGCGGGGUACACCGUGGAAUGGUGGCCAGCCAAUCACAGGGCACAUAUAGACAACCAUUCACUUUACGGGAGCCAGGCAACAACAUUUCGUUGGCAAAGUCUUUGAAAGGUUUCCAUAAAUCCAGAUCCAGCAGUACUAACUGGAACACCAUAAAACUGGAUGACAGGGUCUCGGGGAAUCGCAGGUCUUGGCAUACGUCAGUCCCAUCAGAUAGUAGCAGGCCUUGCUAAGAUCCCCAAGAUUGCUGUGGACGGUGCUGCCCUCAAUCACUAUGCCAUCUUUUCUUGAAUGCUGGUUGAUCCAUCCCCGGCAUCCUGCAGAUAUUGUAAAGACAGCUGUUAGGAGUUCACGUUCAACUUGCACCUCACAAGAGAAAUAGCACGUACUCUGUUCUGUUGUCCACAGCUGCUUUAUGGCAGGGGUGUCAAAGUCAAGUGGACGGAGGGCUAAAUAAAACAUUUGGCCAUAAGCCGAGGGCCGGACUGUCCAAUCUUCAUUAAAACCAAGAUUUAACUUACUGAAAACAUAACAAAUAUAUUACCAUAUGAUUGGAUAAAUAAAGCAAUAUUUUCUUAUGACUCUGUCAGUCAUUUUUAAUUUCAGCCAUGUCAUAUUAUAUUCUUUCAUCACCGCCACACUUUGUCCACAUAGAAGACACACAGGUUUUCCAGCUACCUCUGUGACAUGUACUCUAACUCCCACCUUGUUUGAAAGCCCUUGUUUUCACUGUCCACCUUCCAUUUAGCCAUUGUUGAUGGGUAUCUGUAAAUUAACUUUUGAUGUUGUGCUAAUGACUGAUGCUGAAUGACUGCUGAAUAAAUUAAGAUGCCUCCCGCUAUGCUCUUGCACACGCGUCCCUGUUGCAUUGUGGGAAAUGUAGUACAGUUUAUCUGCGGGCUGAAUUUAAUAUUAGAUUAAUAUCAUCACGCGGGCCAGGUAAAACCCUCUCGCGGGCCUGAUGUGGCCUGUGGGACUUAACUUUGACAUAUGUGCUUUAUGGCAUACAAAAAGCAGCUCCAUCUUUGUGUGCAAUUGUUGUGGAAAAAAAUUCUAUCAUCCUAAGUAGGAUAGAGAAUGCCUGAAAUAAAUACAUAGCUCUGGUGGUUUUAUUACCUUUGCAAAACAAAGGGGUCAGACAACACACAGUAUGCAUGGCGGUCUGUAGGUGUCUGGCCAAGAGUGGCCUCUUGGUGGGAACUUUGCUACUCCAUAGCAUGCAAAUGAAUUACAUUACAAUAGAAAAGAGACAUUCAAAAACUGUUCAAGGGGCUGUAUGUAAGAUUGUGGCUAUUGUGGCUGUUGCUGGAGUGAAAUAAAAAAAUCUGUAUUGCAACUAGCAGCAGGAAUGAAGCGGCAGUAUCUGUUGUCACAGUGAUAUCUAUUCAGGCUUCUGUGGCUUAAGCGGGUAGGAUGGACGAGUAUUUAGCUUCUUACUAUCAGUCACAGUAACUAAAAGCAGAGGUCAUGUCACUCAGGUGCUGUGCGGGUUAUUGUUUCACUUUCACCGCCCUGACAUUGUGUCUGUGCGCUGUGCACCUGCAGAAGGCUUGUUGUCACAUCUUUAUUUCAAAUUAACAUGUUUUCUUAGUCUCUGAUGACAGACAUAUUGUGCGAUAUUUUGUUUACUUGAUGUGAAUUUCGUACAUACGUACAGCUCCUUUGAGAAAGACGGGAGGAAAGGAUGAGUAAUAAAUAGGAGGGAGAGUCAGACAAGAUAAAUGUCAGCUGUAUGAUGUGAACAGAGAAUGGAGAGAAAUGUGAAUGAGACAGGUGGAAUGAUGACUAUUGCAAGUAAAGUACAAAUUGAAUAGGUGGAGGAUGGUUUUAAUACCUGAAAUAGAUUGUUCGUCUGUGCUUGAAUUCUUGCUCUGACAACAUUUUUCUUCGCUGCAAACAAGGAUAACAGUUUUGGUGUCCUUUCACCUCCAUUCUGGCACCUUCCUCUCCUGAAAGAGAGAUAUGAAAGAAGAUACAAAAAAUCAGUGACAACAAAAAGUGAAGUGCAUACUUAAGUAUAACUGUGAAACAUACAGUAGUUGUUUACAGUCCAUAAUGUGUUUAACACAAAAGAUCCAAAUACUCACCUGUGAGACAUUAAACAAGGUAGGCCACCUGUGCUUCAUGUCACUGAUGCUCAUGUGUAUGUUGUAUGUUCCUCUAUGUGCAAAAGUUCUCCACAUCAAGUCCUUAAUGACUGGGCUGUCGCUCUUCUUUAAUUGGUGAUUAGUUGGUUUUGGUUCAGCUCCUGGAGGAUAGCGAGGAAGAAUACCACUUCACCACUGUUCCAUGUUUUAAGGGAGCAAGGACAUCUUAAAUGAAGACAGGGUACUUACAGCCACAUCCAUAAAUACUGUGCUUGACUUGGUAAUGCUUGAGAAGCUCCCCUUUUGAAGUAUCCUCCAAUGUGCAGCGCCUACAUUGCCAGGCCACGGGCCGCCACCUUAAAAAGGAGCAUAAACAGUGUUAGGAUGGUUUGUUUUUAAAAGUGCUGUCUAAUUUCAUGUACAUCGUUUUUGGAUUGCGUUUUAAAUCCACAGUUGUAAAGAAUGAAUUAAAAUGCACAUUCAUUCAUGCAUUCAUUUUCGAUUGCUCAUCGAUUGCUGUGAGGUCUGCACGCUAAUCACUUGCCUGCCAAAAAUGCACAUUGACAUGAAUUAUAUCUGCAAAUAUAAUUACAAAAUACAUGCAUUAAUUCAUAAUUUGAAUUAAUAUUUUGUAUAUGAAACCAUGAAUAAAUAAUUUUAAUGAAUACUGUUGCCCAUCUCUGUGUGGAGUUUGCAUGUUCUCCCCGUGCAUGCGUGGGUUUUCUCCGGGUACUCCGGUUUCCUCCCACAUUCCAAAAACAUGCAAAUUUAAUUCUAAGUAGACUCCAGCACCCCGCGCGACCUUCGUGGGGGUGAGCGGUAGAAAACGAAUGUUGAAUACUCUUGUACUAUAAUUGUAAUGAGCUCCGGAAGUACCUUGGCUGUUCCCACAAGAGCUUCCCAUCGGAGCAUAUCGACAUCACGUCAUGUUACAAAAACAAUGUAGAACUAAGCAAAACACGGCGUACACACAUAAAGAGAGCGCGGUUAAAAGCUUAACUUUUCCGGUUCGAUGGUCCGUUACCUGUUAAAGUAUGUUCGCCCAACGAACCAUGUUAGCUGAGCAAUUUGGUGGCUAGCAAACAUAGCUAAAGUUAGCUUACGCACAACAGAAUAGCGGUGACAUUAAAAAACAACACCCAGCGCAUUUGAAGGAAGACGGGGUCGCUAUUAGUUUAAAAAUUGCAAGUGCUGUACUUACCGAUGUGUUCUCGUCCAUAUAACUUGCCGUGUUUUGAUACCUUCGGGCUGUUGUUGUGUUGCCGGAAACUGUACCAUAGACCUAUCAUAACUCCACCCCUUUGGCCGCGAAGGGGGCACGUCAUGACGGUCUACGUCACCAAGCUUAAGCUCUGGACUUAAGCAUUUAUUUAUGUAAGCGAUUAAAUGAUUUUCAGAGAUUUUACAAAGUUAGUAAACUUUAUUAUUGUUAUAUUUAAUAAGGCUCUGGGUCAUUUUCUGAGUGUAGUAUUUUGUACAUCAUUCUAAUCGGUCAGAUCCUUUCGACAACCAUUUGUUUACGUUUUAUUCUGAAGCAGUGCGUUGCGGUGUGUGGAAUGCAUUGGAACAUUUUGCUCUUUAUGGAAAAGUGGUUGGCUCUUAAAAGAGCCUUUGUGGUGAAUCUACUGCAGAUUUGCAGCGAUUUCUCGGCGGAAGUUGAGAUAGAGCGCCUCAUUUCCCCUCUCGUUGAGAUGGCAACCGUCGGCAAGCAAGUCGUGGACAGAGACGUUCGAGUGCGGGAUGCGCUUCAUGCCGCGUUGUCGUAGGAAGCCGCCAAGGACUCGGUUAAUCCUUUUCCUCGCAUUGUCCAGUCCACGUCCUGUGGGUGCCGUCUGGUAACGCCAGUUCCAACGAGGCAAGAUAUCCGAAAACAUCACCACCGUGCCGGGUAGCAAGUGGAUGAUGUAGUCGAGAUCCGCCAUCAUUUUAAGGAGAAGCCGGCGGCAAUUUUGGCCGCCGAAGCCAAAACUAUUGCCACCAAGGUGUAUGAGCAGCAACUGUGGAGGUGUCGCUCCCGUUUGCAGCUUCUGGUGUAUAAAAGGCACCAGAUGUUCCCACCUCCUGCCGCCUUGUCCAUGCCAGGUGACUUGGCAAGGGAGGCCGAAAUUCGGAUCUCGGCGGUGCAGCCUGACGUGUCUUUCCAGCCGGGUCACAAUGGAGCUGCCGAUGAGCCACAACGUUGUCCUCUGCGUCCCGUUCAUCGUUAUGCCGAUAGUUGCACUUGCAGCUUAUUUAUACAGUGAGCACGCAAUGCCAUUGGCUAGUUUUCCCUCCGUUCGUCCACGUAAACAUUGUUUGGUUUAAUUCAAUUUCAAAUUACAUUCAUUCCGCCAAUAGCUGAUCGAUUGAUAGGUGAGUGAGGCACGAUUGGUCAAUUUAAAAAAUAUUGACCCGCCCAACUUUCACAUUACAUUCAAUCAGACGAUCGCUGAUAGGUUGUUUGUUUGGUGACUUAUGAUUGGUCAUUUAUCCAAAGGCGGAGCCUGACAGGUUGGUUUUGUGAGCUACGAUUGGUCAGUUCUUCCACGGUGUGGUGCACGGUGCUAUAAAUGCUGCUUCGCGUGCCCGCUUCCCCCCCCUUUCUGCUCGACCGAACAGAAAACUUUUCGAGAGAACGCUUUUUGCAUUGCCUCAGACAAAGACAAAGACAAAGGACCUAAAUUCGACGGAAACUGCAGUUUGCCAUUGUGUUGGACUUCAUCUGCUGACAUAGAGAUGCCACGAAAGAAGGGUUUCCGUAUGCGACGCACACCCAGGGCUGCCCAAGCUGUUGAUUGUGCAGUUGCAACAAAAGGUAGGGAAGAAGUAUCUUCACUGUCACCAGUGGAGGUACCAACAGGUGGGUUACAAAAGGUGGUAAAAGGGUCAUUUCAUCAAGGCAAUACAAGGUUUAAGUAUGCAGGAACACAGUGUAUGGCGAUUGCCUUUUGUGCCACUGCUUUACACAGUAUUAAAAAUGUCUUGUUGUGGGAUACUGCUGAUCUUGACAUGGCUGUUGUUGAAGGCGAUCAGUUGUAUACCACUCUAAGGGAACGUCACGUAAUUUGUCACCAAUCCCACUUUUUGUGUGCCACAGAAUUGCCCAAACAGGAGGUGAUUGCUGGACACAAAUUAGAGUUUUGUGUGAAGGAUGAUUAUGCUUUAGGUGAUGUCAAUGUAGUUUCCAGCUAUUAUAUUGAAAACGGGAUUCAUGUCACUUUGCAUGAUGCUUUGCAAACAAUGUUUGGCAAGUACAGCACAUGCAUUCUUACAGUUUGCCAAAGUAGUUGUGCCAUCAUUUGUGUUGCUGGUCAGUAUUGUCUGGUGGAUUCGCACUCGCGCAGCUGUAAUGGCAUGGUGUGCAGUGAUGGAACCAGUGUUGUUCUGUGUUUUGGUGGUCUUGGUGCCCUUGCUAAUCACAUUAGCAAUUUGGCUGCAGGGUUUGGAGGAGCAGAGAAACUUUUUGAGAUAGCUGGUGUUGUUGUGACUGUUGUGGCUGACAGGAAACGUCACUUGGAGAUGACUGGUGAUGAUGGCAAAAAGUUUAAAAUGGCUGACAUUUCUAGUACAUGUGCAUCUGAUGUUGAGGUCAUCAGUGUUGUUACCACACAGCAUGCCUUUUGUCCAAUGCUUCAAAAUGACUCCAAAGAUGUGUGCCAACUUUUGAAUAUAGAUUGUGAAGUCAAAACUGUGCCUGUCAAUUUGCGUCUUGGACCCUUGGGAGCUCCCUGUAAAAAGGAGAGCAUUGUUGCUGAUGGCAACUGUUUUUUCCGUGCCAUAUCACAAGCGGUGAGUGGCACACAGAAAAAUCACAGAAAAAUUAGACUCCAUGUGGUUAAACAUAUGGAAAAGCACUGUGAAGAUUAUGAGAAGCUUCUCAGGAGUGAGUACAAUAGUUUGACAGAGUAUAUUAGUGUUUCCAAAAUGAAAUAUGUCAAUAGCUGGGCAACUGAGGUGGAAAUUCAGGCUGCAGCGGAUAGUUUAAGAAUAAAUAUCUUUACUUUUUACGGUGGUCGUUGGUUGAGAUAUAGCUCAACGUCAGAAUCCAGUCGUGGGAUUUAUUUGGACAACUCGAGUGGUAAUCACUACGAGUGUGUGACAUGUGUCAAUGAGGGUCAGUUAGGAAGUUGCUUUGGCAUUUGUCAGAAUGGUACAUCUCAGGUCAGUCAGUAUGGUACCAGGUCACAUCGGCAUCAAGUAAUUUGCGCUGAUAGUGAAGUAGCAGUUGGUUUGAAUGAUGUUGUUGAAACAGGCAAAGAAAAACAUCAGUCCAUGGUUCCACGUGUAAGCCCGUCCAAAUAUCUAAAAAGGAAAAGGGCCCUGGACAACAGAUGUAAAUAUGUCGCUGACAUGAGCAUAAGGGAGACAAAGAAGGUAAUGACUAUGAAGAAUUACAGAGAACAAGCAGUCUUUAGGCAGAGAAAGAAGACGAGGAGUGUUGAAAAGUAUAGAAAUGAUGUCAUUCAUAAAAAUAGAGUUAAAACAUCUAGCAUCUAUAAGUAUAGAAGUGACAGCUUGCAUCGGGCCAGGGUCAUUAUGCAGGGCGUCAAAAAAUAUAAAAUGGAUACAAGGCACCGGGCCAGUGUCAAACUAGCCAGUAUGAAGAAAUAUCACAGUAAUUUAGAACGCAAAAUGCGUGUCAUUGCAGAUGUCAAGGCACGAAGGCAUGCUGCAAAGUUGCGAGAGGAAGAAUUUGAUGUUGUUGUAGAGAAUUUUUUAGAGAAGGUGAAGAAUGGGCCCCAGUUUGUCUGCUGUGUGUGCCAUAGGUUGAUGUUUAAACAUCAGGUCCUGCAGUGUCACAGAGAGCAUUACAGCAAAAGUGCAAGUGCUUCUCUUGUGAACACGUGCAUUAAUGAGGAUUAUUUGCACAAAUGUAGUGCAGAGUGCACAGUACCAUGUGUGUUGGUGGAGUCUGGUAGAGGGCAGCUGUGGGUUUGCUACACUUGCCAUUACAAGAUUAGCAAAGGGGAAUUCCCACCUGAAUGUGUGGCAAAUAAUUUGGGGGUGGACCCGAUUCCUCUUGAGCUGGAUUGUCUGAACAGUUUAGAGCAGCAUUUAAUUGCACUAAAUAUCCCCUUCAUGAAAAUGCUUGCGUUGCCUAAAGGGGGGCAAAAUGGUGUCCAUGGGCCUGUGACUUGUGUUCCGGCCAAUGUAGUUGAAACGACAAAUUUGUUGCCACGGUCCAAUAUGGAAGGCUCUAUGCUCCGUGUCAAGCUCAAAAGAAAGUUAACUUACAAAGGACACUACGAGUACCAUUUUGUAGACAGCAUGCACAUUCGUGAAGCCUUGAGGUAUCUGAAAGAGUCAAAUGUGCAUUAUGAAGAUAUAGAGUACAACGAGGAGUGGGUCAAUGACUUUUGUAGGGAACCUGAUGCCUCUCAGGUGGAGGACAGUGUUCCUGCAGUAGAUGUCACACCGCCUCUAGAUGCAGAAGAUGAGCUUCUCCAUGAUAGACAGCAACACUGCAUGUUUCAGGACACAUGUUUAAUGCCAGUUGACAUUGGUCAGGAAGCGCUAGAUCAGUAUUACGACAAUAUAUUGAAUGUGGCUCCGGCAGAAGGCAAUAAUCCUGUGAGGUUGCUUUCUGACCAUUCGAAUGAAGCUAGAUGUUUCCCUGUGUUGUUUCCACAUGGUCGUUUCACGUUUCAUGACACUCGACAAUAUAGACUGACUGCAUCCAGAUAUUUCAAUAAUCGUAUCAUGCAUGCUGAUAAGCGGUUUGGGCAGAAUGUGGAAUACAUAUUCUAUGCUCAGUACUUGUGUGAACUUGUGCAGGUGGUGUCGAGCAUUUCCAUUGCUUUACGCAAAGGAAUUGCUGGUUUGGUGGCAAAAAUGGCCAAGGAUUUGUUGACCAACGAUGAGUCGUUAAAGACAUUGUUGGAAUGUGACCAGGGCUAUCGUUUUCUGAAGCCCAUCAGAGGCACUCCAGCCUUUUGGCAGAGUACGCAGCGCGAUAUUUUGGCUUGUGUGCGUCAGCUUGGUGUUCCCACGUGGUUUUGCUCUUUUUCGUCUGCUGAUUUACGGUGGCAAAACUUGGUAGACUGUGUUUUGAGGCAAGAGGGUAGAACGCAAACGGCUGCAGAGUUGGAGUGGGCUGACAGGUGUGAUUUGUUGAGACGGAAUCCUGUGACUGCUGCACGGAUGUUUGAUUUCCGGUGGCAUGUCUUUCUCAGAGAGGUGAUAAUGUCUUCGAGCCAACCGAUUGGCAAAGUUGUAGACUAUUUUUACCAGGUGGAAUUUCAGCAGCGUGGUUCCCCGCAUGUACAUUGUUUGUUCUGGGUCGAGAAUGCCCCACGUAUUGAAGUGAACUCAGAUGAAGAAGUCACAAAGUUUAUUGAUAGAUAUGUUACUUGUGAAUUGCAGCCACAGGAUGAAGGAUUGACAGAGACAGUGUCUUCCGUACAGCAGCAUUCUAAGAGACACUCUAAAACGUGCAAAAAGAAGAACACAGUGUGUCGUUUCGGUUUUCCCAAACCUGUGUCAGGACGAACAUUUAUUAGCCAUCAGUUUGAGGGACAGGGACAAAAAACAUGCACUUGUCAGGUUAGCCAAUCAACCGGUGUUAAAACAUGCACAUGUCCAAAAGCAUCCCAAAAUGCCGUAAACAUGAAAGCAGAAGAGGCGUCGGAAAUCAUAAAAUCCAUUAAAACAGCCCUGGCUGACGAGAACCACGCAUAUCAAAGCGUGGAACAUUUGUUCCAUAGUCUCGGUAUAACACAAAAUACUUUUGAGGCCGCACAUCGCCGCUUGGGUCGUCGUACGGAAGUCAUAAUGAAGCGUCAAAUCAAUGAGGUUUGGAUCAAUCCAUACAGCAAACCUCUGCUUAAAUGCUGGAAUGCUAAUAUGGACAUCCAGUAUGUCGUUGAUGCGUAUGCGUGCGUGGUUUAUAUAAUCUCGUAUAUUUCCAAAGCUGAGAGGGAGAUUGGAUUGCUGCUGAGUAAUGCCCAGAAAGAAGCAUCCAAACAGGCAAACGUCAGUGCCAAAGAGGCCUUAAAAAGUCUUGGCAGUGUGUACUUGCACAAUAGAGACGUGUGUGCACAAGAGGCCGUUUACCGGGUGACAAAUAUGCAUCUUAAGGAAUGCUCGCGCAAAGUAGUUUUUGUUCCAACAGGGGACAAUGUGGUCAAAAUGAGUUUGCCUGUGAGUGUUUUGCGUCAAAAAGCUUCAUCGGCCGAAUUAACAACGGAAGACAUGUGGAUGACCAGCAUUGUCGACCGUUAUAAAAACAGACCAAACGACGACACGUUUAAUGACAUGUGCUUGGCACAAUUUGCUUCGGAAUACCGCAUCAUUAGCAAAAACGAAAGGUCGGCAUCCAAAAUAGAACUUAAAAACAACUACGGACAUGUGACAAAACGUACACGGACUAAACCUGCCGUAGUACGCUCUGCGCGCUUUUCAGAAACCAAAAACCCUGAGUUGUAUUAUCGUAGCCUUUUGCAGUUGUAUCUGCCAUACCGGGUGGAUUUGCAGUUAAGACCUGCCAACUGCCCAACAUUUGAAGAGUUUUACAACAACGGUGCAAUCAGAUUAAAUGACGGGUCGAUGCAUUCUGUCCGAUCCAUCGUGGAUGUAAAUCAACAACACUUUGACAGUAGCGGGGAUGAACUGGACAGCAUCCAAAGAUCUAUUGAUCACAGCGGUGUUGCUGAGGAUGCGUGGUGUCUGCUGUGUCCAGAGCAAGAAUUGGAAAGGCUACAAUGCGAAGAAGAACGCCGGAAAAAACAACAGUUGGUCGAAGAAGAGGCAGAAGUAAUACCUGACUUGGCAAAUGAAAAUAGAACCGCUCUAAACUUACAAAAGCAAAAGUCAAUGAGUCGAAAUGAUGGCUUGGCAUUAAUCCGCUCCCUAAAUAAUACUCAAAUGGACAUUUUUUACAAAAUUAGACAGUGGUGCCUUGAUAAAGUAGGUGGGAGAAAACCCGAGCCUUUACACUUAUUCAUCACAGGUGGUGCCGGGACAGGAAAAAGCCACCUAAUUAAAGCCAUCCAAUAUGAGGCUACCAGGUUGUUGUCAACAAUGUGUCGGCAACCGGACAAUAUUUCUGUCUGUCUAGCUGCACCAACAGGGAUUGCUGCUUACAAUUUGAAUGCCACAACAAUACACAGCACCUUGAGCAUUGGCAAGGAUACCCGUUUGCCUUACACACCACUGGGUGAGGAAACGGUGAAUUCCUUGCGUGCCAAGUUUGCGGACCUCCAAAUUUUGAUUAUUGAUGAAAUAUCGAUGGUUGAUCACAAGUUGUUGACGUACAUUCAUGGUAGACUCCGACAAAUUAAGCAAACCGGUGACUAUGCUGCAUUUGGCAACGUCAGCAUCAUCGCCGUCGGGGAUUUUUACCAGUUACCGCCAGUCAAAGGAAAGCCUCUUUAUGUCGAAGACGCCACUUUCAACUUGUGGACAAAUCUUUUCAGUGUUGUCGAACUGACAACGAUAGUCCGGCAAAAAGAUAAUCAGUUUGCAGCAUUGCUAAAUAGACUCCGCAAACAUCCAAAAGGUGCGGCGUUGUUGGAAACAGACAUAGAACUUUUGAAACAGCGCGAAACGGGUGAGGUCAGCUCCGCGUUACAUGUGUUUCCAACCAAUCAACAAGUAAACGAAUACAAUCUAAAACAGCUUUUCAGGAUCUGUCCGGAGUACACAACAAUAAAAGCUGAGGAUUUCAGCCAAAACAAAAAAUCCGGUAAAUUAGAAAGAAAAGUAGGGCACCACAGCAAGGUUUACAACACGUGUUUAGAGGAAACUCUGCACAUCGCUAAAGAUGCACGUGUAAUGCUUUGCAAAAACAUCGAUAUUGACGACGGCUUAGUUAACGGGGUUAGUGGCACUGUCUCUGAUGUUCUUUUCCAAAAGGAUGACACAUUUCCGAGUAAGAUCUAUAUAAAGUUUGAUGAUGCCAAAGUAGGUCAACAAAGGCGCGCACAAACUGCUGAGUCUGUCACGCUAAAAGACAGUACAUUUAUUCUGCCAGAGGAAGAAAAAGUAACUAAAAGCGGUGGCAUGCGUCGCCAGUUCCCUCUGAAGCUCGCUUGGGCUUGCACGGUACAUAAAGUCCAGGGUGUUACCGUGAGCAAUGUAGUUGUGUCUCUAGACAGGGUGUUUUCCGCAGGGCAGGCGUAUGUUGCAUUGAGUCGGGUCACAGCUUUAGACGGUUUGAUUAUUGAAAAGUUUAAUGCCGAAAAGAUUUACUGUAAUGAUGCCAUUAAGAAUGCUGUAGGUAGGAUGCCAGCAUUUUUGACAGAAAGUGAACCAACACAAACAAAUGUACAACCACCACAUUUCACAAUUUAUUUGAUGAAUGUCCAAAAUUUGACAAAACAUGCGUCAGAUUUGGCAGCAUGUACACAGCACCUGCAGCCUAACUGCAUCGCUGUGACAGAAACGUGGCUGCCAACGGCAUGUACACCCAGGAGUGUAACCAUUCCUGGGUAUCAUUUCCAUAGCCAACCACGAUGUUUGUCUUACUCCAGCAGUAACCCUGCUUUGGUAGAAUUACAAGGGCAACAGCAUGGCGGAGUUGGCAUGUACAUUGCAGACCACCUGCACUGUUGUGUUGUCUCCGCCCCAAACUUCAACUUGGAAGUUUUACUGGUGAACUGCUCCGCACCCAGUGUGUUAAUAGCAGUUGUGUAUCGACCACCCUCCUAUCCAAUGGCGUUGUUUCAAGGUCACCUUGGCACGCUGCUGGAUUGGUUGCACCAGAAGUACGCCAGCAUUGUCGUACUGGGAGAUUUUAAUGAAAAUUUGUUAAAAUCUUCCACUAUCAGCACAUUCAUGGCUAGGAAAGGGUUCUGCCAGUCAGUCAAACAUCCUACCACAGAAAAGGGUACAUUAAUUGACCAUGUAUAUGUCAAAACAUCACACUUUGAUGUAGAAUCGGUUGUGAUGCCCACUUAUUUCAGUGAUCAUGAAGGGAUUUUGUGCUCUUUUAAACACUAAAUUUAAAACGCACACACAUACACAUUCCACUUCAGCAUUCUUCUGGCAGUCUUAUAGUGUAAGUGUAGUGUAUAGUGUAAAAUAGGUUUAGGUUCAACCAGUGGACAAUUUACAAUCCACGAGUUUACUUGCCCACAAGAACGGUGUAUUGUAUUUGUCAAUCACGGAAUAAAAGUGAAAUCACUGGUCAUAGUUAAGAUCCCAGUUUCUGUUUAGGAUAGGAAGUAUUUUCCUUAUUUGUCAAACCAGUAAAUUAACAUGUACAUAAUGUAAACAUGUACAUAAUGUAAAUAUGUACAUAAUGUAAAUAUGUACAUAAUGUAAAUAUGUAAAUAUUGUAACAUCUGCAUAGAUUUUAAAUAGUAUACAUAUUGUAUAUAUGUAAAUAUGGAAAUAUGUAAAUGUGUAUAUAUGUAAAUGUGUAUAUAUGUAAAUGUGUAUAUAUGUAAAUAGUACCUGAUGAAAUGAUCCCAGUGCUGCCUCACUCACCUGUCCUCUUGUCUUGAUAGUUACCGCCUGUCUGCCUUAAAGUUAAAUACAAAAGGGAUUCAAACCUUUUUCAACAGUUAUUUUUCCAACCAAAUUGUAUUAGUCAAUCACUGGUGCAAAAUUCAACCACUGCCCAAAAUUAAGAAUCAAAGGGAUUAAAACUAAGACUUUUCUGAACACGUUGGUAUUUUUCUAACCAGUGGACAUUUUCCAAUCCGCGAGUUUACUCUUCCGAGAACGGUGGAUUGUGUUUGUCAAUCACUGGCGAAAAAUACGUUUUUUCAGACACGGUAAUGCAAACAAUGAGGGCAAUGUAAAUAUGUAAAUGAAUAUGUGAAUAUGUAAAGAUGUAAACUUGUAAAGAUGUAAAUAUGUAAAUAUGUAAAUAUGUAAACAUGUAAAUAUGUAAAUAUGUAAACAUGUGAAUAUGUAAAUAUGUGAAUGUAUAUUGUGACUAACCUCUGCUCUUGUCUUUCUAGUUGCCGCCUGUCUUCAGUUCCACACGCAUCCUCUUUAUAUUAAACAUAGUAGCAGUAGAAGUGCAUGCGUAUGUUAACAUAGUAGCAGUAGAGGUACAUGCGUAGAUUUAACAUAGUAGCAGUAGAAUAGCAUAGAAGUAAAACUAAUCCCAUAAGUGCAUCAUACCAACUAUUAUAAUAGCAAUGUAGUCGUUUGCAUGCAUGUGAGGUUUCAUCAACAGGACAAGACCCCUCUGACGGUGUGAGUGUCCUCUGACAACUGCUGCAUGUGUGAAUGCUGGCUGCUUCCAGAGGAGCUCCCACCAUUGCACCUUGACAUCCACCCAUUGCUGACGGGAUAGGAUACUGGUGAUUCCAGGAACUGGUCAUCAUGGGACUGCAACUACUGAUCCUUUCCUCCACCCAUUCUUAACCCUCUGUCCUUUCUUCACCACUGUCUACCUACCAUCUCUCCGUCAUCCCUCUCAACCCAACCGGUCGAGACAGAAGGCCGCCCCAUAGAGCCUGGGUUCUGUCCAAGGUUUCUCAAAGAGUUUUUCCUUGCCUCCGUUGCCAAGUGCUUGCUCGUGUGGGGUUCAGUUGGUUCUCUUUCUAGAUAACUUCCAUAUGAUGAUUAGAAUUGGCACUAUAUCAAAUAAAUUGGC